AUGAAUAGAGACUUAGCAUAUGCACUCUCUUUUCUUUUCGUCUUACUAUCUUCUCUAUUCUAUUUCAACCUCCCUAACUUUGAUCCAAAAACUCUUUUUCGUUUUGAUUUCUUAUCACAUACAGCUCUUAAUAAUUCACAAAAGUCACUACCAAUUGAAGCAUGUGAUUUUUCCAAAGGUCAAUGGGUUUGGGACGAAACUUAUUAUUCACAUAAGUUGUACGAUGAAAAUUGUCCCUUUCUUGAUCCCGGCUUCCGGUGCCGGCAAAAUGGACGGAACGAUGAAGGUUAUCGUCAAUGGAGAUGGCAACCUAAUGAUUGUAACCUUCCACGAUUCAAUGCCAGUGACCUCCUAGAGAGGAGUCGCAAUGGACGCAUUGUGUUUGCAGGUGAUUCAGUGGGCAGAAACCAAUGGGAGUCAUUACUUUGCAUGCUAUCAAAAGGGGUCUCUAACCUCUCAAAAAUAUAUGAAGUGAAUGGAAAUCCCAUAAGCAAACACAAGGGCUACUUGGUGAUGAAAUUUGAGGAAUACAACAUGACUGUAGAAUAUUAUAGGGCACCUUUCUUGUCUAUUAUAGGUCAUCCACCACCAAACUCAUCUACUGACAUUAAAAUGACUAUCAGACUUGAUGAGUUACAUUGGUAUUCUAAUAACUGGAAGGGAGCAAAUGUUCUUGUUUUCAAUAAUGGUCAUUGGUGGAACUUAGACAAAACUAUCAAGUCGGGUAUCUAUUUCCAGGAAGGUGGGAAGGUAAAUGUGACUAUGACAGUGAAAGAAGCUUUUAGGAGAUCCUUACAGACAUGGAAAUCAUGGGCAUUGAGUAAUCUAAAUCCUAUGAGGAGUUUCGUCUUCUUUCGUAGCUAUGCCCCUGUUCAUUACAGGCAAGUAUAUUAACACAUUUAUGUGACCUUGAUAAUCAUAAAUUCAAUUUAAAAGCAUUAAAAUGAACGGCAUGAGGGGGUGGGGGAUGCAAUCCAGAAUUUGAGGAAGUUUAA